AAACACCCUAACAAAACGCGCGCUUCCUCAUGUUUCGCUAAUUUCCUCUCCUUCCUUCCUUCCUUCUCUUUGCAUUCUUUUCUUAGCCGGCCUUCUUCCUCGAUCCCCAUCGAUCUCUGUGUUUUUUUCAUGGGCGAUCCUCCACGUUCACAGACGACUGAUCUCUACAGCAUCGUCGGAAUCUCCAAAGACAUAUGCAAGGCCUACAAAUCUCUGUUCAUGAAAUGGCAUCCCGAUAAGAGUCCCAAGAAAAGCAAAGCUGAUGCCACAUCCAUCGCCCCUGAUGAUCAAGAGUUCACGAUAGUGCAUGGACAAAGGGAGGAUGAAAGAAGUACAAGUAGCGAUAGUUAUCAUCAUCAAAACGACGACGAUGGCUUCUUCAGACGCGGCGCUUCCUUUUUAUCAAGGAGUGCUAGUAGAAGUGAAACGCCGAGCCCACGCUGCUGGACGAACAGUUCAAGCCGGAGGAGCACCAGUACCCCACUAUCCAAAGUUACGAGCAGAAGAAGCAACUCAGUGACGGAAAUACCCAUUCCCGAUUCCUUUCUAUCGAGGAGUGGGAGUAGAAGAAGUAAAACGCCGACGCCAGCGAGCCCACGCUCCUGGACGAACAGUUCAGGCCGGCAGAGCACCACCCCGCUAUCGGAACUUUUGAGCAGAAGAAGCAACUCAGAAACGGAAAUACCAGAAAUACCCUUUCCCUUUUUGAGCGGAAGGAGUUCCUCAGAAACGGAAGGCUCUCGGUCAAAAAGUAAGAGUAGAAGGAGCUCAUCGGAAACGGAAGCCUCCCUGUUGGGUAAUGUGAGGUCCCAGCAGGAAACCGAAAAUCCUCCACCUCCUCUGUUAAAAAAUGUGAGCCGAAGGUCCACGACCCCUAUCAUAUUCUCGCAAUCAACCGCCCGGCGAAAACCUCCGCCGGUCGAGAAGAAGCUCAAGUGCACGCUUGAGGAGCUGUCUGAAGGAUGUGUCAAGAAGAUCAUGAUCACAAGAGAUGUUAUCACCAACACCGGGAUAAUCAUCCAAGAAGAGGAGACAGUGAAGAUAAAAGUGAAACCAGGAUGGAAGAAAGGAACAAAGGUUACGUUUGAGGGAAAGGGUGACGAGAAACCUGGGUAUCUCCCUACUGACAUAAUCUUCUCGAUAGAUGAAAAAAGACACCCUUUGUUUACGAGGGAAGGUGACGACUUGGAAAUAGGAAUUGAGAUCCCUCUGCUGAAGGCCCUCACCGGCUGCUCCGUUCCGGUCCCUCUUUUAGGGGGUGAAAAGAUGACGUUGUCAUUCGAUGACAUCAUCUAUCCAGGCUUCCAAAAGGUGAUUAGGGGCCAAGGCAUGCCAAAUUCUAAAGAGCGAGGAAGGAGAGGUGAUCUUCGAAUCAAGUUUCUGGUGGAGUUUCCCUCCCAACUCACUGAUGAACAGCGAGCUCAGGCAGUUAGAAUACUACAAGAUUGUACUUGAUAAUCAUAUGUAUGUACGUACGGUACGUGUUCUUCUUUUGAACCCCCCCCCCCCCCCCCUUCCUUUUUUUUCUCUCUGGAAUUCAGAUUUACUUGCAAUGAUUUACCAAGCAAGAAACAAAGAGAAACAGAAAAAAAAUGUUCAGUACUUAUACUCAAGUCCUGAGGUACCUUGUAAUCAUGUAUAUACUUUUGUAACUUAAUUAGACAAAAAAUAUUGUCAUGUAU